AAUAUCUCUCUAAAGUGGCAUAUUCCCUCGAGCAUUGGAUGUGACAGAUAAAUUUUUUUUUUUUACAUCGGACAAACAAUGACGGCAAGUAGUCUCUUCUCUAGCAUCUCGGCUUGGACCAGCUGCCUCUCCACAGCAGCAAUCUGCUGGUUCUUGGGCGUCUUCGUGUACCGACGCUGGUUUCACCCACUUGCCAACAUUCCAGGCCCGACACUCGCGGCGGUGACGUAUCUCUACGCAUUCUUCUUUAGCAAUGUUGGCGGCAGCAGAUAUUAUGCACAGAUUGAAAUGCUACAUCGGGAGUAUGGACCCGUUAUCCGAAUAACCCCCGACGAGAUCCAUCUUGCAGACCCGGAUAACUAUGAGACAAUCUAUCAUGUAGGAUCCAAGUACUCAAAGAGCUCUGCUUUCUACCGCGCCUUUGGAUCGAACUCGGCCGCUUUUACCACUGCCAGCAACGAAUUGCAUCGUAUCCGUCGAGCAGCUUUGAACCCUCUAUUCUCACGCAAGAUGGUACUCCAACUCGAAGAAGUCGUCCAAUCAAAGGCCCAGAAACUCUGUCGCCGACUGGCGGAAGCUCUGGUGGCCGGCCAACCGCUCGACCUUCAUCACGGCUUUCGUGCGGUAUCUGUAGACGUAAUAACCGACUACGCGUUCGAUGAUUGUCAUAACCUCCUUGACCGUGCAGACUUUGGUGUGGAUUUCUUCGCCAUGGUGAGGGGCCUUGGCCCUGCGUUCUGGUUCUUUCAACAGUGGCCAUUUAUUCAGCCACUUGCACUAAAGACUCCAAUGUGGUUGGCGAAGAUUCUGAGCAAGCCACUCCGGAGCUUCAUGCAGAUGCAAGAGGAUUGUCGGAAGCAGAUAAUUAGCGUCAAGGCACAUAUGGAUGCUGGGCAGGACAAAUCGAAGUCUAGGACCACAAUGUUUUAUCAUCUCCUCAAUCCGGAUGCUGCUGAAGGGCACGUUACGCCAUCAGUGGAUGAGCUAAAGGAUGAGGCGUAUAUUAUCAUCGCUGCGGCUGCUGAUACUACCGGAAAUGCUAUGACAAUUGCAUCAUAUAAUAUUAUCUCAAACGAAGCCAUCUAUCGCAAGCUUGCCUCUGAAUUAAGAGAAGCCUUUCCAGAUCCCCAUGCUAGUCUGGAUUUUGUCCUGCUGGAAAGGCUUCCUUGCCUAACCGCCGUGAUCAAGGAAGCCCUCAGAUUAUCCUUUGGUGUUAUCGGACGGCUUCCAAGAUUAACACCUGAGCCCGGUGCAGUCUUUAAUGAGUAUGCAGUCCCUGCCGGUACCAUUGUUGGAAUGAGCUCGUGGACAAUGCACCGGAACGAAAAUAUAUUUCCUUCGCCUGACAAAUUCGAUCCUGAGCGAUGGGUCGAUCCCGAAGCCGCUAGGUUCCUUGACAAGUAUCUUGUUCCAUUUGGGAAAGGCUCGAGACAGUGUGUGGGGAUGCCCCUUGCGUAUUGUGAACUCUACGUCACCUUGGGAACCGUAUUCCGGCGCUUCGAAAGACUCAGCGUCUACGAGACCGGCCCGGAAGAUCUGGUGUAUGAUGAUUAUUUUUCGUCGUACCAUCCAAAUGAUGCGAGAAGGUUCCAUGUUGUUGAAGUAUCGAAGGCAUGAAUGGCUGGUUGAUUUCAGUCGUCAGCAACAGAUCGAGACUUUCGCCUGCUUUCGCCGUCAACUCAUACUUCCUCUUGAAUCUCUUCUAGCGUAGUUUCUACACACAAAUUCGUGUGGUAAUCUCCGAUCACCGUAAUCCAUCUCUUCGGGCAACGGAGCGCUUCACAGUAGAGUACAGU